GCCUAUCCCCUCUCCUUCCGUUCAGAAGCGGCCGGCCAGAGCCAAAAUGAAGACCCCAGCCCCUGGCCGCACCCACAGCAUCGUGCUGGUCCUGCUCUCGCUGGCCGUCCUCCAGACCACCAAGGCCCAAAAGGCCCAGAAUGACGUUGACAUCUACAGCCUCACUGUGGACUCUAAGGUCUCCUCCCGAUUUGCCCACACAGUUAUCACCAGCCGGGUGGUCAACAGGGCUGAUGCCAUUCAGGAGGCCACCUUCCAGGUGGAGCUGCCCAAGAAAGCCUUCAUCACCAACUUCUCCAUGGUCAUCGAUGGUGUGACCUACCCGGGUAACAUCAAGGAGAAGGCUGCAGCGCAGGAGCAGUACAGCGCGGCCGUGGCCAGGGGCGAGAGCGCCGGCCUCGUCAGGGCCACCGGGAGAAAGACAGAGCAGUUCCAGGUGUCAGUCAGUGUGGCUCCCGCUGCCAAGGUCACCUUCGAGCUUGUGUAUGAGGAGCUGUUGGCACGUCAUCUGGGAGCGUAUGAGCUACUGCUGAAAGUCCGGCCCCAGCAGCUGGUCAAACACCUGCAGAUGGACAUUCACAUCUUUGAGCCUCAGGGCAUCAGCUUUCUGGAGACAGAGAGCACCUUCCUGACCAAUAAACUGGCAGAGGCCCUCACCACCUCACAGAACAAGACCAAGGCUCACAUCCGAUUCAAGCCAACACUGUCACAGCAACAAAAGUCUCCGGAGAAGCAGGACACGGUCCUAGAUGGCAACUUCAUUGUCCGCUACGAUGUGGACCGGACUGUCUCUGGGGGUUCCAUUCAGAUUGAAAACGGCUACUUUGUGCACUACUUUGCCCCUGAUAGCCUGUCCACGAUACCCAAGAAUGUGAUCUUUGUCAUCGACAAGAGCGGCUCCAUGAUGGGCAGGAAAAUAACGCAGACACGGGAAGCCCUCAUCAAGAUCCUGAGUGACCUCAGUCCCCAUGACCAGUUCAACCUCAUCAGCUUCAAUGCGGAAGCAACCAAGUGGAAACCUCUGCUAGUGCCAGCCUCGACUGAGAACGUGAAUGAGGCCAAGAGCUAUGCCACUGGCAUCCAGGCCCAGGGAGGGACCAAUAUAAAUGAUGCAAUGCUGAUGGCCGUGCAGCUGCUGGAGAAAGCUAACCGGGAGGAGCUGUUGCCUGCAGGGAGUGUCACCCUCAUCAUCCUCCUCACUGAUGGUGACCCCACCGCAGGGGAGACCAACCCUUCGAAGAUCCAGAAGAACGUACGGAAAGCCAUAAAUGGCCAGCACAGUCUCUUCUGCCUGGGCUUCGGCUUUGACGUCAGCUACAGCUUCCUGGAGAAGAUGGCUCUGGAAAAUGGUGGCCUGGCCCGGCGCAUCUAUGAAGACUCAGACUCCGCCCUGCAGCUGCAGGACUUCUACCAGCAGGUGGCCAACCCACUGAUGACGUCGGUGGCCUUUGAGUACCCGAGCAAUGCUGUGGAGUUGGUCACGCAGGACGCCUUCCGGGUGUUCUUCAAGGGCUCCGAGUUGGUAGUGGCUGGGAAGCUCCGGGACCAGAGCCCUGAUGUGCUCUCAGUCCGAGUCUGGGGGCAGCUGCACAAGGAGAACAUCACCUUUGUGAUGGAGUCCCAUGUGGCUGAGCAAGAGGAGACAUUCCAGAGCCCCAAGUACAUCUUCCACAGCUUCAUGGAGAGACUCUGGGCAUACCUGACCAUCCAGCAACUGCUCGAGCAAAUGGUCUCUGCGUUAGAUGCUGAGAAGCAGGCUCUGGAGGCCCGCGCACUGAACUUGUCACUCAGCUACAGCUUUGUCACCCCCCUCACGUCCAUGGUGAUCACCAAACCCGGUCAAGAACAGUCUCAGGUUGCUGAGAAGCCUUUGGAGGAUGAAAACAGAGACAGGCGAGUCCACCCAGGGCUCAUGCUGUUUGGUCAUUCUGGGAGGGACGGAGCAUCCAGGAAAACAGGUGGAGCUUUGAAAGUGUUAAACAGCCCUGCAAGAUUCAGAUUACCUGGACAUCUUCCUGCUUCUCCUCCUCCAUUCUUCCGUACGACCUCGAGAUUGGUGCUACCAGAGAUGACAUUACAUCCUAGUGGAGCAUCUUACGACGCGGAUUUCAGAAUCAGAGGAGCAACCACGACAGCCCCACCCUUCGCUCCCGUCCAGGCUCCUUCUGUCAUCCUGCCACUGCCUGGGCAGAGUGUGGACCGGCUCUGUGUGGACCUCCGACGCCCUCAGGAGCUAGUGAACCUGCUGUCGGACCGUGACCAAGGGGUUGAGGUGACUGGCCACUAUGAGACAGCGAAGGCCCGCUUCUCGUGGAUUGAGGUAACCUUCGAGAACCCUCAGCUGCAGGUCCAUGCAUCCCCUGAGCAUGUGGUUAUGACUCGAAACCGAAGAAGCUCUGCAUACAAGUGGAAGGAAACACUGUACUCGGUGAUGCCCGGCCUCAAGGUGACCAUGGACAAGGUGGGGCUCCUGUUGCUCAGCAGACCAGACAGAGUGACCAUCGGCUUGCUGUUCUGGGACGGCCCCGGGAAGGGGCUCCGGCUUCUCCUGCAGGACACUGACCACUUCUCCAGCCACGUCAACGGGACCCUUGGCCAGUUUUACCAGGAUGUGCUCUGGGGGCCCCUGGACACGGCAGAUGACAGCAAGCGAACACUGAAGGUCCAGGGGCAUGACUACUCUGCCACCAGAAAGCUCAAGCUGGAUUACCAAGAGGGGCCCCCAGGCAAAGAGAUUUCCUGCUGGUCUGUGGAGCUGUAGUUCUGGAAGGAGCUACACCCACCACCCCCUGCCGCCACGCUGUGUGCAGAUGGCUGCCACCCAGUGACCACAGGGCCACUCUGGGUCCUGGAAUAUCAUAGGGAGAGGUAUUUGCACUCAUUAAAAUAAAGAGAGGUGGUGUGA